CAUGACGCCAUGUUCCGUCAGACGCUUCCCCGGCUCGGGCAGGUCACGUGAGCCACUUUUCGCGCGAAAACUGGUUGUGGUAGUCGAGUGGAGCGCGGCGCUGAAAUGGCGGAAUCAUCUGAGUCUUUCACCAUGGCCUCCAGCCCAGCCCGGCGUCGGCGAAGCAAUGAUCCUCUCACCUCCAGCCCUGGACGAAGCUCUCGGCGCACAGAUGCCCUGACCUCUAGCCCUGGCCGUGACCUUCCUCCCUUUGAGGAUGAAUCUGAGGGGCUGCUAGGCACAGAGGGGCCCCUGGAGGAAGAGGAUGGAGAGGAACUUAUCGGAGAUGGCAUGGAGAGGGACUACCGAGCCAUCCCAGAGCUCGACACCUACGAGGCUGAUGGACUGGCUCUGGAUGAUGAGGAUGUAGAGGAGCUGACAGCCAGUCAGAGAGAUGCAGCGGAGCGGGCCAUGCGGCAGCGUGACCGUGAGGCUGGCCGGGGCCUGGGCCGCAUGCGCCGUGGGCUUCUGUAUGACAGCGAUGAGGAGGAUGAAGAGCGCCCUGCUCGGAAGCGCCGCCAGGUAGAGCGGGCCACAGAGGACGGUGAGGAAGAUGAGGAAAUGAUCGAGAGUAUUGAGAAUCUGGAGGACCUGAAGGGCCACUCCGUGCGCGAGUGGGUGAGCAUGGCAGGGCCCCGGCUGGAGAUACACCACCGCUUUAAGAACUUCUUGCGCACCCACGUGGACGGCCAUGGCCACAACGUCUUCAAGGAGCGCAUCAGUGACAUGUGUAAAGAGAACCGAGAGAGCCUGGUGGUGAACUAUGAGGACCUGGCAGCCAGGGAGCAUGUCCUGGCAUACUUCCUGCCAGAGGCACCAGCAGAGCUGCUACAGAUCUUUGACGAGGCUGCCCUGGAGGUCGUGCUGGCCAUGUACCCCAAGUACGACCGCAUUGCCAGCCGCAUCCAUGUGCGCAUCUCCCACCUGCCUCUGGUAGAGGAGCUGCGCUCACUGAGGCAGCUGCACCUGAACCAGCUGAUUCGUACCAGCGGAGUGGUGACCAGCUGCACAGGCGUUCUGCCCCAGCUCAGCAUGGUCAAGUACAAUUGUAACAAGUGCAGCUUUGUACUAGGGCCCUUCUGUCAGUCCCAGAACCAAGAAGUGAAGCCCGGCUCCUGCCCUGAGUGCCAGUCAGCUGGCCCUUUUGAAGUCAACAUGGAAGAGACCAUCUAUCAAAACUACCAGCGCAUCCGCAUUCAGGAGAGUCCUGGCAAAGUGGCGGCCGGCCGGUUGCCCCGUUCCAAGGAUGCUAUUCUCCUCGCUGAUCUGGUGGACAGCUGCAAACCAGGAGAUGAGAUAGAACUGACCGGCAUCUACCACAACAACUACGAUGGCUCCCUCAACACUGCCAAUGGCUUCCCCGUCUUUGCCACGGUCAUCUUAGCCAACCAUGUGUCCAAGAAGGACAACAAGGUUGCCAUGGGAGAACUGACUGAUGAAGAUGUAAAGAUGAUUGCCAGCCUCUCAAAGGACCAGCAGAUCGGGGAGAAGAUUUUUGCCAGUAUUGCUCCUUCCAUCUACGGGCAUGAAGACAUCAAGAGAGGCCUGGCACUGGCUCUUUUUGGAGGAGAGCCCAAAAACCCAGGGGGCAAGCACAAGGUGCGAGGUGACAUCAACGUGCUCUUAUGUGGAGAUCCUGGCACAGCCAAGUCUCAGUUCCUCAAAUACAUUGAGAAAGUGUCUAGCCGUGCCAUCUUCACCACUGGCCAGGGAGCUUCAGCUGUGGGCCUCACGGCAUAUGUCCAACGGCACCCUGUCAGCCGGGAGUGGACCUUAGAAGCUGGGGCCCUGGUUCUGGCUGAUCGAGGAGUAUGUCUUAUCGAUGAAUUUGACAAGAUGAAUGACCAGGACAGAACUAGCAUCCACGAGGCCAUGGAGCAGCAGAGUAUCUCCAUCUCAAAGGCUGGCAUUGUCACCUCCUUGCAGGCUCGCUGUACUGUCAUUGCUGCUGCCAACCCCAUAGGGGGCCGCUAUGACCCAUCACUGACCUUCUCAGAAAACGUGGACCUCACAGAGCCCAUCAUUUCCCGCUUUGACAUUUUAUGUGUGGUGAGGGACACAGUGGACCCAGUACAGGAUGAGAUGCUGGCCCGUUUUGUGGUUGGCAGCCACAUCAGACACCACCCCAGCAACAAGGAGGAGGAGGGGCUGGGCGGCGCCCCAGAGCCUACCAUGCCCAACACAUAUGGCGUGGAGCCUCUGCCGCAGGAGGUCCUGAAGAAGUAUAUCAUCUAUGCCAAGGAGAAGGUCCACCCAAAGCUCAACCAGAUGGACCAGGACAAGGUGGCCAAGAUGUACAGUGAUCUGAGGAAAGAAUCCAUGGCAACAGGCAGCAUCCCUAUCACAGUGCGGCACAUCGAGUCCAUGAUCCGCAUGGCAGAGGCCCACGCGCGCAUCCACUUACGGGACUACGUGAUAGAGGAUGAUGUCAACAUGGCCAUCCGUGUGAUGCUGGAGAGCUUCAUCGACACACAGAAAUUCAGCGUCAUGCGCAGCAUGCGGAAGACCUUUGCCCGCUACCUUUCAUUCCGUCGUGAUAACAAUGAGCUAUUACUCUUCAUACUGAAGCAGUUAGUGGCAGAGCAGGUGAUGUAUCAACGUAAUCGCUUUGGAGCCCAGCAGGACAUUAUUGAAGUGCCUGAGAAGGACUUGGUGGACAAGGCUCGUCAGAUCAACAUCCACAACCUCUCUGCCUUUUAUGACAGUGAGCUCUUUCAGAUGAACAAGUUCAGCCAUGACCUGAAGCGGAAGAUGAUCCUCCAGCAGUUCUGAGCCUCCAUAGCAGCUCUCUUGAUUCUGGCUGGGAAAUCAGUUCUGGUGCUCACUUCGCUUUGCUUCAGGGACACAAAAUCAAACUGCUGGGGGAUACAGUGUGAUGGGGGUCAGUGCUGGCAGCUGAACUCUCUGGCUUCCCCCAGUCUCUUGGGCUCAGGCUGUGGCUGGGAAUGGUGGAAUUUAUUUCUUAGGCUCCAUUUCUGCUUCUCUCACCAUCUUGAGUGGGCAUGUUUUGCCAGUGUUUCUUUUUCAACUGCUUGGUAAUCCACCAUUUCAAGGAAGUUUGCCUCCACUUUGUCCUAGAUCGAGUCCUAGGUAUUCAAAAUACCCACAGUGUUCUAGGUGACUGAGCAUAUAAGGGUGUUAGGCGAACUAUUACCUUCUUGGAGUGAGUUCUGUGUCCUGCCUGCUUCAUCUACUUUGGCUGAAGAACACGUUUAAGGUAUUGGUAGUGUUUUUCUAAACUCUGCAGAUUUUUCUAGCUUUCUAUAAAUAGAGAAAUGAUGUGGGCAGAAGAGAGCACAACCCUUCUAUGCUCUGUAAUGACACAGUUUGGUUUCCUGCAGGAGGAAGGGUUGGAGGGGUUGAUCUAGUAAUUAGGACGACCCCUCACCAUUUCUGUGUUCAUCUGUUUUCUCCUACCUAACCAUUUCUCCAUUCUCUCGUUUUUACAUUGUUUCUGUGGUUUAAGUUUUUAAUAAAAUUAAAUAAAAUCUAAAUA